UUAUCUCAGCUGACAGACAACAGGCAAACGCAGGCAACAUAUCAGCAGAAUUUCGGCGCCCAAAAGCAUUAACCACAUCGAUUAACACUAUUUUUUUUUUCAUAAAACGUGUGAAAUAAAACAAAAGUCAGCCACUAAAGCAAUGUCUUAUAGAACCCGAGGUCAGUCGAGUAAAGUAACGGCCCUAUCUGACGAAUCCAAAGAGAACACAACUCCCAAACGGCGAGGUCGUCCGAAGAAGAACAACGAUAUUCCGGAGGCUUCACCGCCGAAACGAGCCAAAGCAACUAACGGACGGCGUCAAGUGACGACGAAUGACGCGGAAGAAAUAAGUGUAUCGGCUAUUGGAUGCCUUCCGGAACGGGAACGUGAAACUGAAGAUCUGGCAAAGUAUAUUGAAGACAUUUUAUCGGAAAAUGGUUCCGGCAGUUUGUACAUAAGUGGCCCUCCUGGAACGGGAAAAACAGCUACUCUCACCAGGAUUAUAAGUGACCAAAAGCUGGCUAGCAAACUUAACAUGGUUUACGUAAACUGCACAUCAAUCAGCACUGCUGGGGGUAUCUAUAAGAAAAUAUGCGAAGGACUGAAGCUUUCGGUUGGUGGAACAACGGAGAAAUUCUAUCUAGUGGCUAUCGAGGAAUACCUGAAAAAGAAGCACAAAACGGUUAUGCUGGUCUUGGAUGAAAUAGACCAACUAGCGAGCAGCAAACAAACCGUGCUGUAUAACAUUUUCGAGUGGCCUACUAAACGGGAAUCGAAACUGAUUUUAGUCGGAAUUGCUAACGCUCUGGAUCUCACGGAUCGGUUACUUUCUAGGCUACAAGCCAGAUGUGAGCUGAAACCGCAUCUAAUUCAGUUCCUUCCCUACACCAAGCAACAACUGGUCAACAUUUUGAAAACUAGCUUGCAACAAAAGCAAAAGGCUGAUAUGUUCAACGAUGCAGCGUUACAGAUGCUUGCUGCAAAAGUUGCUUCAACUUCCGGGGAUGCUAGAAGAGCAUUGUUGCUUACCCGAACUUUGGUCGAGUCUACCGAUAACGAGUACCGACAGGAGAAGAAAUCGAAAAACACCAGGGAGCUUACCUCUCCGCCGAAAGCUGUUCACAUUCGAUCGGUUGUUAGUACGCUCAAUCAAGUUUACGGAACGAUACAAACUAUGACCGACGAAGAAGCAUUCCCACUGCAACAGAAGCUGCUCGUUUGCGCGUUGCUGUUGGUUCUGAAAGCCAGCAAAAGCAAGGACAUCACCGUUGGAAAGUUGCAUCAGGUGUACAAAGCUGUUUGCUCCAAACGGAAUCUUCUGUCGGUGGAUCAAGCCGAAUUCGGUAACCUUUGCUCGUUGGUGGAAACGAGAGGAAUCCUCCGCAUGCAAGGUAAGAAAGAACCGCGACUAACUCGCAUUUUACUGCAAUGGGACGAGGAGGAAGUGCACAAUGCACUCAAUGAUAAACAGUUGAUUGCAAGCGUGCUCAGCGACACGUCGUGUGUGAUCAAGUGAUUUUUAUUUUUAAGUUAAAACAAUGUUAG